AUGGCAUGUUGUGCUGUCACCUCAGCUGCUGCGCCAGCACUUGUCACUGCAGGUGAUAGCCCAACGUCUCCGGCUCACGAGGUGUCACUCAAUGAUUUCGGCAUCUUCGACGCCCAAAUACCACCAGCGGAAGACUCACCGAUCAAAGUCAACCUCCAGGUCACGGACGCCAAUGUCGCCUUGCGGUCAGAAUAUCACGGCCAUCGCGACAUCCUGAACAUCCCCUACCUCGUGUUUGCCUUCCUCUUGUCCGACAAGCAGCAAAGCGUCCACACGCCUCUUCAAAAAUGGCAGACGAGGCUCCUACGCCUUGAAUUCAGUACCACCGAAGGCCCGUUGGUGGGCACUCUCGCAAAAGUCGAUCUUACCUUUCUCGAAGGAGCAGCGCUGCAUGAUGAGGAGAGGCUUGUCACCUACGAAGCGCUGUCCUACACCUGGGGCGAGCCGGUAUUCUCGCACACGUUGUGCAUUAACGGAUUAGAAUUGCGGAUCACCGAGACAUUGGCUAACUUCCUACUCGAGUAUCGACUGCGACAUGCGGAAGAAGACGUCGAGAGGUGGCUGUGGGUGGACCAGAUCUGCAUUUUACAGAGCGAUCCGCUCGAGAAGGCAGUCCAGGUGGCCAACAUGCUGACUAUCUACGACAAGGCGGAAGGGGUGAUCGCUUGGCUGGGUCCUAUGGAUGAUAUGGUGGAAGCAGCCUUCGAUGACUGUGGACAGCAGAACGAGAUAGCCUGGCAAAUGGACGCAAAACUCGUCUUCCAGAGUUACGUCACCCUCUGCGAGCGUCCUUGGUUCACCAGAGUGUGGGUUCAGCAGGAAGUGUGGGCUGCCCGGAAGCUGGAGCUCUGGUGUGGUCGUCGAUCGGUCGAUUGGAAAUCGUUCAAGCAGCAAAUACAGGAUUUGAUCUCACCCUCUGAACACUCGGAAACUGGCAAAAGACAGCAGGGUCGAUACCGCCAGUACUACGACCUUACGGGCAGGCUCGUUUUCAUCAAUGACAUGGAAUCACACUACGAACAGCCCAAAAAUCCCAACGACCAAAGACGCAAGGAGAUUCUGUUGCGGCUGCUCGAGGGACGCAGACUCGAAAGCACAGAUCCGCGUGACAGAAUCUACGCCCUCCUCGGGAUGAGCAAGAUUGGCUACACCAACCCUCCGCGUCCAAGUAGCGGGUUUGCAGUGGAUUAUACAAUCUCCACGGUAGAAGUAUUCACGAGAUUUGCUCGCUACAUCGCCCAAGGACCUUUCAACCCAGAUGCUGCAAGCCACUAUCUGACGCUGGUCAUGGCCUCUCUCGAAUGUGAUGGCGCGAGUGACCCAGAGUUGAAGGACCUUCCUUCGAAACGAGAAUUUGAGUACCCUCGUGAUCCGCCCUUGUUUCGGGCGGACGAUCCGCGAGCCAUCUACCUUGGCGGAAUUGCGAGCGGUGUCGUAGAAGGAGGAGAACUCGCCAAAGGUCGACUCCUGGCGGCCCUCGACGAGCUUCCGGGUGACUCCACAGAAAUGGCCCGUUCCCUCCUCCGCAAGACGAUCGGCAAGGCAAGAGAUGGCGACGUGCUUGCUGCCUGCGUCGACUGCAGCCUGCUCUUGCUGCGUGUCGACACGGCGAACCAGGGCGAGGUCAGCCAUACAUUGGUCGGAGCCCUGCCAGGAUCGAUGAGGCUUGUGUCGAGUAUGUUGUCCCCCAAAAGUAUUUUUGAGCUAGGAAUCGGUCCAGAAGCGGAGUUUGAAUUCGGUAGCGAUGAAUUUCUUGAGUCACUUGACGGAGAUGUAGACACCCAUCGGCUUACUAAGCAUCUUUCCAACAGAAUUGGCGAAGCCGACCGCUCUGGUGAGCUGGUCGUCUUCCGUAUCACGUAG